AUGCGGGGUACCCACGUAUCACACACCGACACCAACAGGCCAGACGGUACCGACGAGCCCGGACCGGACGUAUCAUCCGAGGUUGCUAAUGGCUCUUCCCAGUCGCUAGCUAGUUGCGUCCAACGAUCUGCUGCCCAUUUGGCGCGCAGUGCUUUUGAAGGCACGUCGGAUGCGGCGCGGACGUUAGCAAAUGCGACUAGUGAGAAGACUACCGGAUCGGGAUCGGGAUCGGGAUCGGGAUCGGCUACGAUAUCGUCUGUGUCUGGGUCUGGGUUUGGAGAUUUCCCAAUACCGACCAGACAGGUGAAUGCGAAAGCAGGAGGACUUGGGACAUUCCGUAGCCCGGGCACGAGACUCAUUUCCUCCGGAGGAUUUACUCUCCCCUCACAAACAGAAGAGCAAUUCCAGCUUGGAGACUUAAAUCGAGAUAUGAACCUACAGCUCGUGGAUAAUAAUACAGAUAUUCUCCAAAGCCAGACAGGAAACUGGAAAGGCAAGCAGCGCGCCCAUGACCCUAAGCAGAUAUACAACACAGCAUGGGAGCGCUCAACGACCUCCCCUCUUACGCAAAAAAUCCCCGAACCCGCACAAUCCACAGACGGUACCGUAGUCGUUUCACUCCUCUCUGACCCAUCCUUCGACCCAAUCGGCUUUGCAGAGCCAAGCCUUGACAUAGAAUUUGACCCAGCGGCCUCGCCACCACUUCUCUCGGCAGACGAGAUGAGAUGGCUUGAAUCCUGGAGACGAGAAGUCAGUCCUGACCAUGAGCAUGGGCCGCGGAAUGUAAUCUCGUCGUUGAGCCUCGUGCCUGAUAUCGAUACGUUUUUACAACAAAAUAACCCGACCCUAGGUACUGAUGAGGCGAUUGCGCUUCGAGACGCUGUAUUGGAGCGACUUUCUGGAGCUACGGACUGGGUUGGUGUCCAGGAUCGAUAUCAUGAUGAGGUGUGGGGAUAUUUGCGGCCUGAGCUUGAAGCGGCGAAGGUGGAGAUUGAGGAGAACAUGAAUAAUGGUCUCGACGAGGAUGGACCUGCUGUUAGGAGGCUGAAAAUGAUUUUGGGACAUAUGCGGUCACCCUCGUAG